UCACACAACGUGGCAGUGGUUGCAAAAUUGUGCAUUUGAAUGGACGGUCUCAUUGAGAAGUGUUCAAACUUUCAUCUUAAAGGUGUUCAGAAAGAGGACUGAGAUAAAUACUGUAUGUACAGACAUCCAUUAAACAAUGAACAAGCUGAGAAGAAGAAGUACUAUCAACUUAGUCAAAGAACUUGAUGCCUUUCCUAAAGUUCCAGAGAGCUAUGUUGAAAAAUCAGCUUUUGGAGGCACAGUGUCACUGAUUGUAUUCAUCCUCAUGGCACUUCUGACCAUCUCCGAGUUUUUUGUAUACCAGGACUCAUGGAUGAAAUAUGAAUAUGAAGUAGACACAGAUUUUACUAGUAAAUUGAAGAUAAAAAUUGACAUCACGAUUGCAAUGAAAUGUUCAAGAGUGGGUGCAGAUGUGUUGGAUAUUGCUGGGGCUGUCAUUGCAUCAAAGGAACUUAAAUAUGAUGAUGUAAGCUUUGAACCCUCUCCAAAGAAAAAAAUGUGGUAUCAGAUAUUACAUCAGAUUCAAAACAGACUGAGGGAAGAUCAUUCACUUCAAGAUGUACUCUUUAAAUCAGCGCUGAAAGGAUACUUUUCUGACCCAGUUCCACAAAAUGAUACCACAUCAAAUUCACAGAAUGCAUGUAGGAUACAUGGAAAAAUCUAUGUCAAUAAAGUGGCAGGAAAUUUCCAUAUCAUAUUGGGCAAACCAAUUGAUACUAUCAGAGGCCAUGCCCAUUUUGCUUCAUUAAUCAAAAAUGAAGCUGCUCUUAACUUCUCACAUCGAAUAGAUAAUUUAUCUUUUGGAAACGAUGUUCCUGGACACAUAAAUCCCCUAGAUGGCACGGAAAAAAUUACAUUAGAGCAAAAUAUGCUGUUUCAGUAUUUUAUCACAGUUGUGCCCACCAAGCUGCACACAUCAGAUGUUUCAGUAAACAUGCACCAGUUUUCUGUUACAGAACAGGAGCGUGUUGUAAGCAAUGAGAAGGGCAGUCAUGGUGUAUCUGGGAUCUUUAUUAAAUAUAAACUGAGUCCAUUAAUGGUGAAGGUGACAGAGGAGCAUAUGCAUUUCUCUGUUUUCCUUGUGAGACUGUGUGGCAUAAUUGGAGGAAUCUUUUCUACUUCAGGUCUGCUCCACAGAUUAAUUGGUUAUUUUAUUUACAUUGUCUGCUGUAACUUUAGACAUGUUGCAGAUCAGUCCCAGGAGGUUGUCCCUGAUUAGGACCCCUGGAACAUUUGCAUGUAUUUAUUUUGCAGAGACAUUUAUCUAAAGCGUUGAGAAGCAUAAACAGGUCCUGGACAGUAGCCUAGAAACCAACACAGAUUAUUUUGUUUACAACUGCAAUUUACACACAGGUUUUUUAUUGACUUCCAAUCAAAUUGUGUACUGUUUUGAGUCACCUUGUAGCUGUUUGGUUUGUUUCAUUGUUUAUAACUCUUAACGUAAGAUUUUUAUAUUAUUAUUAUUUUUUUUUUUUUUCAAUAAGAAAAAUAUUUCCUGAACUUCCGUUUUUUGCUGUCAGGUCAAUUUUAACACUGCAUUAGUUUUGAGCUUCUGAUGUUUAGUUUUUAUGCUUUAAAUGUUUAGUUACGUUUUAUUUUAGUUUUAUUUUAAUUUUAUUUUAAUUUUUUUCUUUGCACAUUUAUUUUUAUUUGACUUUUAGUAAGGCUUUGUUAGCAAGAUGUUAAUAACAUAUUGUUACAGAUUUUGUUUAUUUUGUUCUUCACUUUACAGUUGUGGUUGUUUUUCCUUUGGGAGCAUCAGUGACCGUUUGAAUCUUUUGUAAUCGUUGUGUAUGAGUCCCUCAGUUGUCCUCAGUUUGAAAAGAUUUCUCAAAAUCAUGGGACUCAUGAACAGCUACUGUAUCACAAAAAAAA